GUGUGUGUGUGUUUUUACCAGAUCAUCCAUCCAUUUUCCCCCAUCGACUCAAGCUGGAACAGCGACUCGGCUCCUGUAGCCGCUCUGGAGGAGAUCAAUAAACACCGCGCGGUCAUUAAAUGAUCUGCAAAAUCACUUUAUUAUUAUUAGCAUUACUGGUAUUAUUAUUAGGCGAUUUGGCUGCUAAAAGAGCAGAUUGGCUGUCAGGCGUGCGGCCGCUGUGGCGGCUCCACAGCGCCGUGUGUGGACAGACCCACCCCACCCGCUCCUCGCAGCAGCGCUAUCGCAGCCAGUCUCCAGCGCAGCCUGAGCGGAGAGGCGGCGUAGGAAGGAAGCGGUGAAAGGAGCGUCUCCACCUCCGGGAAUAAAUCGCUCGAGCGGGGAAGUAUGGACGAAGGGCCGGAGCCCGUGACGGAUCCGGCCGAACGCGCUUCGACGGCGCCCGUUGCGGAUCAGACCAGUCCGGUAAAGCUGGACAAUACUAAGGCUGAGACGGAGCACCAAGCACCGGCCAGAAGACAGAGCUGCUCCAGCACCAACAGGGAUGUACCUGUAACAAAGAAGACACACACAUCUCAAAUUGAGAGUAUCCCCUGUAAGAUCUGCGGCGAUAAAUCGUCAGGAAUCCAUUAUGGCGUUAUCACUUGUGAGGGAUGUAAGGGUUUUUUCCGCCGGAGUCAGCAGGGAGCUGUGUCCUACUCAUGCCCUCGUCAGAAGAGCUGUCUGAUCGACCGCACCAGCCGAAACCGCUGCCAGCACUGUCGCCUACAGAAGUGUCUGGCGGUGGGCAUGUCCCGAGACGCGGUAAAGUUUGGUCGCAUGUCAAAGAAGCAGAGAGACAGCUUAUUUGCGGAGGUUCAGAGGCACCGCCAGCAGCAGCAGCAAGAGAAACCAGCAGAAGAACCGGAGGAGGGGCAGGACCCGGCACCCGGAGAGGCGGAGCCACUGACACCCUCUUACGCCCUCUCCACCAAUGGGCUCACAGAACUCCCUGAUGACCUUGGUGGCUAUGUGAAUGGCCACGCCACAGAUGAAGUGAAGGCAGACUCUGCAAUUGGUGGAUUCUACCUGGACAUUCAGCCCUCUCCUGACCAGUCAGGUCUAGAUAUGGAUGGCAUUAAGCUUGAGCCAGUGUGCGAUCUGAGCCCUGAAUCUGCCUUAGACCCUUACUGCUGUUAUAGCAGUGGAGACACAUCACCCACUGAUGCCAUGAGCGAAUUGGAGCAUCUGUCUGUGAACAUCUGUAAGUCGCACAUGGAGACGUGCCAGUAUCUGCGAGAGGAGCUGGAGCCCAGUAAAUGGCAAACUGUGUUGCAUACUGACCUGGAAACAUACCAGAAGAAGUCUCAGGAAGAGAUGUGGCAGGUGUGUGCGGUUAAAGUGACAGAGGCUGUGCAGUAUGUGGUGGAGUUUGCCAAGCGAAUUGAUGGCUUCAUGGAGCUGUGUCAAAAUGACCAGAUAGUACUGCUCAAAGCAGGCUCUUUAGAGGUAGUGUUUGUGAGGAUGUGCCGGGCCUAUGACUUUCAGAACAACACAGUCUAUUUUGACAGCAAAUAUGCAAGUCCAGAAGUCUUCAAGUCCUUAGGCUGUGAUGACCUGAUCAGCUCUGUGUUUGAAUUUGCUAAGAGCAUGAGUUCUCUUCAGUUGACCGAGGAUGAGAUCGGCCUGUUCUCUGCAUUUGUGCUCAUGUCUUCAGACCGAUCCUGGCUUCAGGAGAAAAGCAGAGUGGAGAAACUUCAGCAGAGGAUUCAGAUGGCCUUGCAGAACCUGCUCCAAAAGAACCAGAGAGAAGAGGGAGUCCUUGCAAAGCUGAUCUGUAAGGUGUCCACAGUUCGAGCACUGUGCAGCAGACAUAUGGAGAAACUGAGCGCCUUCCGAGCCCUCCACCCUGACACGGUGCACACACGCUUCCCUCCACUUUACAAGGAGCUUUUCGGCUCAGACUUUGAGCAGGCCCUGCCCCAGGAGGCCUGACAGCAUCCAGGCAGCACCGCCAGGCCCUACAGACUAAAAAAAAGUCCACAGAAAUGUCACUGACACGGUUUAGCCUCCGUUUAAUUACAAUUGCUACAGUAUCACAAAGCACCUCUACAAGCUUGACAGCACUACGGACUUCCCUCUAAAAUGAAGACAUAGUGGUCGCCUGUGGAAAGAAGAUCGGAAUCUUCUCAACUCAAGUGGACUCCGCUAGCCAGCACCAGCCUGCUCUGCCAUGUCUGUCUUUUCCCCAGUCCCACUGCCUACACAGAUAAAAUCCCCUAUAAGAGGCGGGAGGAGGCAUGGCACCAUGUAAGCGUAGCCAGAUGCGCCAUCUGCUGGUUAGAAAUAAUUGGGCACCGAUCAUCAAUUUUUUAUGGCCGAUUCUGUCUUUUCAAUGCCAAAUAAGCUGUUCAUGUGUCCUGUGACGACAUUUUCACUGUACACAUUACAGGUUGAUGUUGAUUUUCACACAUUUUUAACAUUUCCAAACACCUGACAUUUUUGCCAAGGUAAACCAAAAGCAUUCGAAUGCAGCGCAUGUGGACUUAGCUGGCUAAGAUUAGUAUCAUCAUAAAAUCCAGAUCGGCCAAAAAAAAUAGGAUUCUGGCUUUUUCCCAUUGUGGUAAGACCACGUUCUUGUUAGAAAGUGCAAUUCUCCGCUCUCGAACUCUGAUCGCCAGCAGUGUAGCUCUUAACACCCAAUGUUGGUGCUAAUGCCACAGCAGGACUAUUGCUUCACCCCCUUUUUGAGCACAUCCAGCAGCGACAUACUGUAAGCUGGUGUGAACCACAAUCUCCUGGCUGGCUGAGAACAGGGGAAACACACUUACAGUCAAAAGCAAGAUGCAGGAAUCACAUAAUUUAGCCACAGUAGUGAAAAAUCAGUCUGACACUCUCAGUAAAGCAUGUACGGUGCAGAGGACCCAAAUAGUAGCACUUUGUGUUUUCCCAGCAAUAACUGAUAAUGAAAUCCAUAUGUUGGACUGGCGUGGAUGAUUAUGUUGUGAUUAAAGAUCUACGAAGACUCGAUUUUGUUUAAUGGCUGUCUUUGAAGGCCAUCUCUUUUUGUUUGUAUUGUGUCGUGCCAUAGUGAAAGUGUUAGGUCUCUGUAUAGCUGAGAUGAGGUAGGUGGAAAUCAGGGUGCUUCUAAUAGAUUUGAGGCGUGUCGACAUUCCAGGGAGUGGGGUCUUUGAUGAGGUUCAGAUUUGAAAGCAGACGAUUGGUGCCCUCCCCAGGAUUUGUUCAGGACUUUGGCAUCCUAUGCUACAAGUAGAACUCCUCAGGGAAGAGGAGAGGAGACAUAAACAAUUUUACAGUCUGUGUUCUAGCUGUUCAUUUGCUACUCCAGUGUUUCCAUAGUUGCACCACUUUUGGGCGGUUUUCACUGUGUUUUGUUCCCCUGGAAUUUCAGCCCCAUGUCUGCACUUAUUAUCACAUUGUGGAAACCAAAUUGGACCCAUUCAACUUAAAGCAAUAGGCCUAUUUAAGUGAAACAUGUCAAUCUGUACCCAGUGUGUUUUUGUAAGGGCUGGCUCUGCAAUAUGUGUACUGUUGUUAUUAGCAUCAGUUUUUGUGAAAGACAAUCCAUUAAACAUUUGACCUCAUAAAUGGGUAUUUGGGAAAUGCUCAGGGAUUCUAAUAUGCUAUCGCAGAAAGAGAUAGAGAAACCAAAUGGGUAACAGUAAUACAGUAACUACUGUAAAAAAAAGCAACACCUGCAGAAGUUCAGUGAAAUGCGGUAAAAUUGGUGAAGAUCAGGGUCAACAGUUUAUUUAAUAAAUACGAAACGUUAGCCAAACCAAGAAAGAAAAGCAAUAAUGGUAACAAGGUAUUACGUUUGCAAAUGAAAAUUGCAUGCAUUUGCUUUAAACACAGAACCUGUGUGGUUUUCAUUUUGUUUGUUUUUUGAUUGUUUAGACUCUCCUUGAUGUUGUCCAUUCUGUCCUGUGUUCCUAAGAGACCUAAGACAGUCUGUGUUCUAUCCCAUGUCACUUUUUAUUCAGAACACCUACUUUUGACUCUUGGUAAAAGUUGUCUUUGUCAGCUACUCACGUUACAGCAAAUUAAUGGUUAGUGAAUGAAACAGAGCUCGAUUAAAGCAUUGAUUUUAAUGUGUUUUAAUUAUCCUCAUCGUUAUGGACAGUCAUUACUGAAGAUAAGUACAUUUUUAUGACGCUGAGCUGUAAUGUGUAUGGUUAUGUUGCGCUAGUCCAGAGGACUGGAAUAUUCUCUUUUCCAUGUGCUGGUUGAUUUGUUAUUUUAUUAUUUUGUUUUUUUUGAGUAGUUGUUCUAUACUCCGAGCAGUAUUGUAAUUCUCUUUGACUGGUUUUGGGCAUGAGCACUUAAUCUUUCUGUAUAUGUACGUUUUUUCAGUAUCACAGUAAUACAGUCUUUGUAAAGUUCUCAUUUUUCACAGGUGAAAAGACCAAAACUUUUGUAUAACAUGCACGCCAUGAUAUGCUGAUUUGUGAGUAAUAUGCUAAUGAUUUGAUUACAUUACAGUUUUUAAUCAAGUAAUAACUCACCUUAGAAGAAUCAGGUUUUAUCUCUGGACCUUGUUCUGUCAUUUUCUUUCUUUUUUUUUGACAGUUGAUCAAAUUGUUUUUAUUUUAAUCCCUUAAGCACUCUUGAUCUUGUCUCGAGUAGCCAUCUAGCAAUAGUCUGUUUCUUCCCUAUAAUAUAAGUAUUUUGUUGGUUUUGUAUAUACACCUGUAAAAAAAUCUGAAAUGUAAUGUUUUCUUUGAGAUACGGUUAAGUCUAAACUGAAUGUUGUGCAGUUGUAUUUAGAAAGGUUACUUCCUAAAUGGCUUUUAUGAAAGGCGCAUGUCACACAUUGUCAAAUAGUGUGUUGAAUGUGCUGAUAGAAAUAAAAAUCCCACAGCUUGUGAUGGAAAUGUA